AUGAUCGGGUUGCGCGGCGCUCGCUCUUCCUCCUUCUGCCACAAUGUUCUCCUACGUCCGUCCCAUACGAACACCCUCAGAAGUCGUGGUAUCGAGUUGCGCAUCGCGGCGCGCCAGCAGCAGCACAGGACGGUUGAUCUUAGCCGUGUGAGUCGUCAUGAUCGCAUACUCACUGGGAGUUUGGGGCUUGUAUCGGGUGGAAUCAUCGUCACUUCAGUGGUAAACAAACAGGAAGAAGACACUGACUUCAAAGAAGCUAUAAGAAAUUUAUACGGCGAUGCCAACGACCUGUUUUACAGUAGCAACGGUCGACAAUUUGGCGAAUCGUGGUAUGAGGACACGAACAAGAAAGCUGUUGCAGCUUUGAUUGCAGCUAAUACCUUGGUAUUUGGACUGUGGCGCGCGUCAUUCCGGAACGCGAGAUUGCACCAGUUCAUGUGGCGACACUUUGCCAGUUCGUACGACGCUGUGGUGUACGGCAAGCGGUUCCAUACUUUGUUGACUUCGGCGUUCAGUCACAUCACAUUCCCACAUUUUGGCAUCAACAUGUUCAUGUUGUGGGAGUUCGGACCCCAUAUCCUGGCUCCGAGUAACAACAACUCUGGUGCGUGGUACAAUCGAGCGGUGUCAAAUUCGAGAUUCGCUGGUUAUGUGAGGGAAAGCUACAGCAGCUUUAGUCGCCGACCGGAGUUGCUGUCGAUUGAGAAGUUUAUGGCACUGUACUUCACGUCUGCCAUGACGUCAUCUGCAUUGAGUGCUUUAGUGUCGAAACUCCGAGGAAACGGAGCGGUGUUCUCUAUUGGCGCGAGUGGAGCUGUCUCUGCUGUCUUCACUGUGUCGUGUCUGCUCUUCCCUGAUCAGCGGCUGCUACUUUACGGGAUCUUCGACAUGACAUCGGCGCAGAUGCUUCAACUCUACACUGCACUCAAUAUCCUUGGCGCAGCCUACCAGCGCAACCUGCGCGUUGACUGCGUAGGCCACUUAGGUGGCCAAACUGCUGGUUUCGCCUUUCACCAGGCUCCAUCGAGCAGCUAG